AUGGGGAGGAAAUCCAAAGCGUCCAAACCGUUGGUGGACAAGGGGUAUCAAUCGGCGUCGUUCUUGGAAAUGGUAGAAAUUUUUUUGCACUUUUUAGCUUUUUUACAUAUCUUUUUCACUGUGCAAAAACCGGCCUUUGCCAUGCGAUUUUUUACACCUGCACAGUGCAAAUUGAAAAAAAAUCGACUGCACUGUGCAUCAGACUUUUUUUAGAAGCCAAUAAAAUUUUUUUCGCUACGUUUUUGAUACCAUAAUCUAUCUGCACAGUGGAAUUUUUCGACUUUUAUCGCACAGUGCAAAAAAUUUAUUUUUAUUUUUUUUGCACUGUGCGAUUUUUUCUUUUUAAAAAUUAAUAUUUUAUAAUACAAAUACACCUUCAGUCAUUUUCACUUUCGUGACACUCACGUUUCAGAUGAGGUAUGCCGGCAGAUUCGACUGGUUUCUUUGCUGGACGGGUUUGAUUUUUGCCAUUCUUUCCGGUGCCUCCAUUCCGACCGGAAUUAUUUCGUUUCGCGGUAUCACUGGUAUUCUCAUGGUGGCUCAACAAGAAUAUGAGCAGGGUGGAGUAAAUACAACUGUGUUAUACGACACCGUUGUGUAUUACGUGAUAUUGUACUUAAUUUUGUCGUCAAUUAUGUUUGGAACCACUUAUGUUGCGGUGAGUUCGGUCAUUUUUAAAUUUUGCUGCAUAAAAAAUUCACAGGUUUCUUCUUGUCGGUGAGAGUAACAAUUGUUACAGAAAAUAGAGAAUUUUACGUUAAGAUCUUCAGAUAUAAUUUUAGUGACGUUUUUUAUUUACUUUUUUUUUCUUUCCAGUUUGCUUGUUUCUUCACACUUUGUGAACGUCAACUCGACAUCUAUCGCAAAAAGUUUCUCCAUGCAAUUUUACAUCAGGAUAUUGAAUGGUUCGACACUCACGAAAUUGGAAUGCUCACUCAAAAAAUGUCAUCGUAAGUACUGUAAUCUUCAAAAACAAUUUUUACAGCCUAUAAAAACAAUAUAAGAAGUCACAAUAGUCAAUUAUAUAAUGUAACCGAUUAUAGCUCAAUACAAUAGAAUCUUUCUAAAACGAAUAUAUUUUUUUCAAUCAUUUGACCACCCUUAAAUUUCAGUGGAAUGGACCGGAUACGAGACGGAGCCAGUGACAAGAUCGUCCUCUUUGUUCGCGCCUUCUCUUGUCUUUUCGCCGGAUUGACGAUUGGAUUCAUUAUGCAUUGGCAAAUGGCGUCAGUCAUGUUGAUUGUCGUUCCAAUGGUGGCUUGCAUCACAUACGUUUCGGCGUUGGUAAGCCAAUUUUUUUGACAUCGAAAGGUCUCCAAGUAAUGAAAAUCGAGUACCUCCCAUAAAAUCUCGCUAAUUUUUCUUGAUUUUCUAUUUCAAGUCCGAUUUUUAAAUUAAAAAAUUGACCCUCUUUAGACCUCCAAGUCCUCCCUGCGCAAGCAAAACGACGCCUAUGGAAGUGCCGGAGCUGUCGCCGAAGAAGUUAUCAGCGGAAUCCGUACUGUUGCCGCAUUCAACGCCCAAAACUUUGAAGUCAACCGCUACAAUAAGUACCUGGAAAUUGGCUGUAAAAGUGGAACACGCAAACAUUUUCUCACCGGCUUCUUCACCGGUCUGCACGGUCUGAUCAUGUUCGUUUCAAUGGGUGUCGCUUUUUGGUAUGGCUCGAUGAUUGUGCUGGAGGGUGGAAUGUCUCCGAGCACUGUGUUUGCAGUGUUUUGGAGUUGUUUGAAUGGUGCCUUCCAGUUGUCGCAGAUCUUGCCGCAAAUCUCGGUACUAAUGGGUGCGAAAAUUUCGGCUGGUGAAAUUUUAUCGUUGAUUGAUGAGGUGGGUGAUGAUGUAGUAAAUUAAAAUGUAAAAAUCUCAAGAAGAAAUGAAUCUAUCCCUCUGAAAAAUCAUUUAUCAACUAACGUUUUAGCGUCCAAAAAUUGAAUGUUGCGAAGAACGCGGAGUAACUUUAAAAGAGCCUCAGGGCCGAAUCAAGUUCUCCGAUAUCCGAUUCCACUAUCCCAGUCGGCCAAACGUCCCGAUCCUUCAAGGAGUUUCAUUUUCCGUCGACGCUGGCCAAACAGUCGCUCUGGUUGGCCAUAGUGGCUGUGGAAAGUCUACGAUGAUCUCUUUGUUGAUGAGAUAUUACACUCAAGACAGUGGAACAGUAAGUUCGCGAUACAAAUUAAAUUAUACAUGCUUUUUCAAUGUUUAGGUGACAGUUGACGACACACCAAUCGAAGAUUUCAAUACGAAUUGGUUGAGGAGUAUUGUUGGGAUUGUCUCUCAAGAGCCGAUCGUUUUUGCCGCCACAGUUGCCGAGAAUUUGAGGAUGGGAAAAGAAAAUGCGACCAAGGAAGAGAUGGUCCAAGUUUGCGAGGCAGCAAAUGCCCAUGAAUUCAUCUGCAGAUUGCCGGAUGUAAGAGAAAUGUAAUUUUUCUUUAUUAGCGCCGAAUUUCAGGGCUAUGACACACGAAUUGGCGAAGGAGGAGUCAAGCUUUCGGGAGGCCAAAAACAACGUCUGGCCAUUGCUCGAGCUCUGAUUCGAAACCCCAAAAUCUUACUGCUUGAUGAAGCCACAUCCGCGUUGGACACAGAGUCAGAACGGCAUGUCCAAGCAGCAAUAGACAAGGCUGCUGAUGGCCGGACGACCAUAAUUAUUGCCCACCGAUUAUCGACCGUUCGGAACGCCGAUAAAAUCAUUGUUUUCGAUCAUGGAAAGAUCGUGGAGGAAGGAACUCAUGAUGAGUUGAUGGAAAAGGAUGGAGUGUAUAAGGGGCUGGUGCAAGCGCAGGAAAUCGAGCAGUUUGAAGAGCUGGCUGACGUCAGGUUUGAAGAAGAAGAUGCUCAGGAAAAGCCAAAAAUGAGAAGUCGAGCUGGAUCGGUGAUUUCGAGGAUCUCCCAAUACGAUUCAAAGAGAGCGAGUGAUCGGCUGAAGAGAUCGAUGAGUUCGGUGGUUGAAAAUGAUGUUCAAACUGAAGAGUAAGUAAAAGUAAAGGCAAACUCGUAUUUUACGAUUUCUCUCUUACUUUUUACUUUUUCAGUAUAAUACAAGAGAUGCGAGAAGAAGGCGCCGAAAAGGCCUCAAUCAGAGACCUUUGGAGAUUCGCUGACAAGGAGCAUAAACGCUUUGUUAUUGGUCUCAUUUGCACUUUUCUGCGUGGGACAACCUUGCCCUUAUUCUCCUUGAUUUAUGGCCGAAUGUUCCUGGCCUUGGGAGAAGCGUUGAAGGAGGAGAACAGAGGGAAUACGGAAAAUCAGUAUGUACUGAAUGGAGUUGCAUUCGCCGCGUUGGGAGUGUUCACUUUUAUUUUUACAUUGUCGUCAGGGGCGCUAUUGGGGUCGGCUGGAGAAAGAGUUACGAAGAGAUUGAGAACUGCCGUGUUCAAGGUGAGAAUUCAGCAAGUUUCUUGUCAUAUCCUGCUCGGACUUUUCUUAAAAUUUUAUCGGACUUAACCUGGGUUUUGGACAGAUAUUGAUUAAUUUUCACCCUCAUUUCAGAACGUCCUCCGCCAAGACGGCGGCUACUUUGACGACCCUCGGCAUGCCACUGGCAAGCUGACAACUCGUCUGGCUAGUGAUGCCCCCAACGUUCAAGCAGCGUUGGAUCAACGACUUUCCGAGGUUCUUCAGGGACUUGUCGCUCUAAUCUGUGGAAUUACGAUAUCUUUCUCAUUCAGCCCUCUAUACGCGCCGGUCGGAUUGCUUUGCGCUUGUUUUACCGUCAUGUUCCAAGUAUUCUUGACCAAUUGGCUGAAGCAUCGGGGCGCCAGAGAUGUGGAGAGCGCUGAGGAGGCGUCGAGAGUGAGAAAUAGAUUAUAUUUUGGAAGGUUUGACCUUAUUUUAGCUAGCAUCAGAAGCCAUUGAACACGUAAAAACAGUGCAAGCCCUAACCCGCCAAAAAUUGAUCUACGAUCUUUUUUGCAAGGCUUCAGUACGACCAAGACAGCGUGCCAUUUUUCGAGGACUAAUCCAAUCGAUCUCGUAUGGAAUUGGGACUUGUUUUAUGUCCAUUAAUUUUGCCGGAUCGUACUUUUUUGGCAUGUUAAUGGUCAAUGCCGGACUCAUCGAGCCUUAUGUUGUUUUUCAGUGAGUUGACGGGGACUUUGUGAGAUCUAAAAUUGGGUUUAGAGUAAUAGAAGCGCUGAAUAUGGCAGCGAUCACAAUUAUCAAUGCAUCCUCGUAUCUACCAGAGUAUAUUAGAGCCAGAGUUGCGGCUGGAUUACUGUUCAAAAUUAUGCGACAAGAACCGUUGAUCGACUCAAUGUCCGAAGGAGGAUUGACUCCGGUAAAAAAGUUUUCUUAAAAAAAAAUUAGAGAAAAUUCAGCAUGAUCCCCAUUUAUAAUAUUUUGCAGGAAAUCGAAGGUGAAAUCAAAUUUGAAAACGUCUUCUUUGCCUACCCCAACAAUCCCCAACACCGCGUCCUCAACGGCUUUACCCUUCAAGCCAAUAAAGGCGAGACUCUGGCCUUGGUUGGCCCAUCUGGAUGCGGGAAGUCGACCACCAUCCAACUGCUUGAACGAUAUUAUGAGAUUCUGGCAGGGCAACUUCUGAUUGAUUCCCACAAUUUCCGGCAAAUUUCCAUUCGGCAUUUGAGGAAUAACAUUGCGCUUGUUUCACAAGAACCGACGCUUUUCAACAUGUCCAUUUUGCAGAAUAUUACGUAUGGAUUGGAGCGUGUGGACAUGGAGAGAGUGGUGGAGGCGGCGAAGAUGGCGAAUGUGCAUGAAUUCAUCGACUCGUUGCCAAAUGUAAGAAAGAACUGUUUGUUUUCUUGGCUAUGUUUCAAAAAAUUUGUUUUCUGGGAAAAUGUGUUUACGGAGACAAUGAAGGGUAUACGCACGUCAAUCCAAAACAGAAGAAAAAAAGUUCACGCCCCUUUUUGGUGAUUCGUUCAAAACGAAAUGUCACUAUCCGAUAAAAAGAAUUUUCUUAUCUUUCUUCUUCCUUUUCGAGAAAAAGCAAGUAUUUCGGGCCAGAAAAAGUACCGAUCAUCAUUUUGCGACAUUUCUUCUCUCUUUUACAGGGUGGGGCAUCUUUGUGGCCCGAUUUGAAUUGGCUAUAACUUCUUUAGUUUUUGGCCAAAUUUUAAAAUUCUUUUUUUCCCUGAAUCGUCAGCCAACCCCAUUUUGUUUGAUACCAAGUAUGUUAUACAUAGUAAGUGUAUAUCUACAGUUAUUGCAUUUAUUCUUGGAGUUCAUUUUUUCGGUCGUUUUUCGGUUGUUUUUUCGGUCUUUCCCGGUGUGUCCAGAAAUGGAGUACGGUGCGGAAGAAAAAUACGGCGGAUUUUACCCUCCCGAAAAUCGACCAUGAGAAUAAGAACAAAAAGUGAAGAUCAACCUCCAGAGUUCGUCGAAUGGUCCAUGCUGAAGGCAUUCCCUCGGUUCUGGCCAAACUUCGUGUACUCAUAUGCGGAUUUUCUCGGAAUUUUGACAAAACUUCUUAAAUUUUCAGCUCCGUUCGUACUCAUCUUUCCUGCUUUUUUUGUUUCCUGUUAACGCUGCCAGUCUCAAGAAACUUAUUCCACGAACGUCGAAUUGUCUUGCGAUCUGGAGGUUAGGCAUUACGUCCGUAUUUUAUGCGGUAUCCCCGUUUGAAAAUUUAUCGCCGAACCGUACUUGCUAUACCAAACCACAGACCAAGCCUUUUCUUCCACACCGGACUCCAUUUUCGGACACACCGGGAAAGACCGAAAAAACAACCGAAAAACGACCGAAAAAAUGAACUCCAAGAAUAAAUCCAAUAACUGUAGAUAUACUUACUAUGUAUAACAUAUUUGGUAUCUAACAAAAUGGGGUUGGCUGACGAUUCAGGGAAAAAAAGAAUUUUAAAAUUUGGCCAAAAACUAAAGAAGUUAUAGCCAAUUCAAAUCGGGCCACAAAGAUGCCCCACCCUGUAAAUCAAUGAAAACGAUACGAAGUUUCGAAACGGUUCAGGAAAUGCGCUGGAUUUACGUGAUAGGGAGCUGUAUCGACUAGACAGAAGAAAAAAAAUGUAAAGUCUUUCAAGGGCGCGUCUGACGCAAAAAUCAGAUUGAUCUGUCGUGGAAAUAAUCCACAAUUUUGUCAAAGAAUAUGAAGGCUUUUCGCGGCUAGAGCGGCCCCAAACUAUGAAUUCAUUUCUCCGAAAUGGUUUGUUCCAGUGGAAAAACUUACGCUCAAUUCUGCGAAUGUUUGUACUUGCUGCGAACAACAACGCUAAAAAAUAAUCCAAAGUCACAAACUCCGAAGAGUACAGAACCUAGAUUUGAAUUUUUUAGCGCUACGAAACCUCGGUCGGAGCCAGAGGCGGUCAACUUUCCGGCGGCCAAAAACAGCGAAUAGCCAUUGCCCGUGCUGUGGUGCGAAACCCGAAAGUUCUUCUGCUCGACGAAGCGACUUCUGCGUUGGAUACGGAGUCCGAAAAAAUAGUUCAAGCGGCGUUGGAUAGGGCCAGUGAAGGAAGGACUGUAAUUUCGAUAGCUCAUCGACUAUCCACCAUCCAGAAAGCCGAUGCAAUUGCGGUGAUAAAGGACGGACGAGUGUUCGAAAUGGGGAAACAUCAACAACUGCUUGCGAGAAAGGGCGUUUACUACCAUUUGGUUCAAAAACAAAGCGGAUGA